UCUAGUCUUCUUCACCCAAUUCAUGUACAAAUCUUCAAACUUACGAAUUUUUAAAAAACUGAUACAUGAAUUGCUUCCAACUACGUCAAUGAGCGCCGUCAACUCUGUCCUUCUUGUCCCUUCUGUAUCUUUGAAGCCGCGUUAAAGCGGGUCCCAGAGAUCCUCCAUCCCAGCACACCCUCAUGUUCUUCGAACCCUUUUCUACGAUUUCAAAAACUCAAAAAUUUUAUAUUACAAACAACAACAAGCUCCGGUUGGUAUACCUCUCCAUUAAAUACUACCUUCUUUCAUGGCUGAUAGAUGAUAAUAAUAACUCUACUAGUUGCAGAGUUUUAUGAUUUUAUAUGAACUAAAUUAUUCUUUUUCAAAGAUUCUCAAAAUUUUUAAAAAUCACAGCGCAAUAACUUGAGGGCACAGCUGGAUUCUCAGAUUCUGAUUUUUCCCUCUUAUAAUGGAGGAGGUGUAGCAGCUAGCAAGUGAGAUUUCGAAGUUUCUUAUCCUUUUUCUUUUCUGUGGGGUCCUCUGUUUUCUUCCUCUCCGUUGUUGACAGCCUAAUAAACAACCUGGAAGCUGGUGUUUGUGUCCACACUAAAAGCUCAACUUCAUAAUGGGCUUCCAUUCACCAAUGAGAUUCAUGUAAUUCUUCUUUCUAGCUUCAACUCUAUCUCGUCUCUAUCAUGUCUCUUCACCUGGCAUCGCAUUAUACGCCAUGUUGCUCCUUCCAUGAGGUUUUGUGAAUGUUACCCACCAACUGUUUGUGAAUAGGAUUUGCAGCGUUUUGCUCAAUGUUCACGUAAUUCUGAGGUCUCUGUGAUUUCCCGGCUGAUUCGUUUAAACCCGUUUAUGGAUUGGCGAAGAUCUGGAAGUUAAGAUGAUGAAGGUGAACAUUGUGAAGUGGGAUCUUUUUGUUUUGGUAGUGUUUUUGUUCUUGGUGGAUGGGUCAUUUGCAUCAUACACCCCUCCUGAUAAUUAUCUGAUUGCUUGUGGUUCAUCUCAAAAUAUCACUUUCCAAGCUCGUACUUUUAUUCCUGAUUCACAGCACUCUUCAUUAGUAUUGGAAACUGGGAAUUCUAUUGCUGUUGCUAAUUCUAGUUCUCGUGUCCCAUUCCCUAUAUACCAGUCAGCUCGGAUAUUCACCGAGAAAUCUUCUUACAACUUUGAAAUUCAGAAACAAGGCCGUCACUGGGUCCGCCUGUACUUCUUUCCUGUUAAAAACCCUAGCCAUGACUUGACUUCUGCUUCUUUAACUGUGGUUAGUGAUGAAUUUGUUCUCUUGAAUAACUUCACCUUUAAGAACUACAACGGUUCUUAUAUGUUCAAGGAGUAUGCAAUCAAUGUUACAUCUGAUACCUUGACUCUCACCCUCAUUCCUUCUAAUGGUUCACUGGUUUUUGUCAAUGGUAUUGAAGUUGUAUCAAUGCCAAAUGAUUUGUUUGUUGAUCAGGCACUGGCUUUAAACCCAUCAGCCCCAUUCAGCGGCCUUUCUGAACUUGCCUUUGAAACUGUGUACCGGUUGAAUAUGGGGGGUCCUCUGCUUACUGCCCAAAAUGACACCCUUGGAAGGACUUGGGAGAAUGAUCUGAAAUACCUUCAUGUGAAUAGUUCUGUCCUUAAUGUUUCAGUUAGCCCUGCGAUCAUCAAGUAUCCAGCAAGUGUUUCACCUGAGACAGCCCCAAAUAUGGUUUAUGCCACAACAGAAACGAUGGGUGAUGCAAAUGUGGCUCAAAAUAGUUUCAACAUUACUUGGGUCUUCCCAGUGGAUCCAAACUUCUCUUAUUUCAUUCGGGCACACUUUUGUGAUAUUAUGAGCAUAUCCCUCAAUAGUUUAGUGUUUGAUAUGUUCAUUAAUUUUGACAUAGCUCUUGGAAGUUUUGACCUUUCAUCUAUAACUGGUAACUUGGCAGUGCCUUACUUCAAGGACUUCGUUUCUAAUGCCUCAACAGAUUCAAACACUUUGAGUGUAAGUGUGGGUCCAGAUUCAAUGGCAGACAUCACAAAUGCCACCAUGAAUGGGCUGGAGAUAAUGAAAAUUAGCAAUGCAUUGAAGAGCUUGGAUGGGCUUUCUUCAGUUGAGAAUCUUCUUCCCAGUUCAUCUUCAAAGGCGAACGAGAUAGGAAUAAUAGUUGGUUCUGCUGUUGGAGCAAUAGCUGCAAUAGCAUUGGUUGGUUUGUGUUACUAUUGUUGCUUGGUGAGACGCACUUCAAAAUCCACUCAACAAGGUAAUUCAUGGCUGCCUUUACCCUUAUAUGGAAACUCUCAAACCAUGACAAAGUCAACAAUAUCACAAAAGAGUGGAACUGCAAGUUACAUUUCUUUAGCUUCGACAAAUCUUGGGCGUUUCUUUAGUUUUCAAGAAAUCCUGGAUGCAACCAACAAAUUUGAUGAGAAGCUGCUUCUUGGGGUUGGUGGUUUUGGGAGGGUUUACAAAGGAACGCUUGAUGAUGGCACCAAUGUAGCUGUCAAAAGAGGCAACCCUAGAUCAGAACAAGGCAUUGCUGAAUUCAGAACUGAAAUCGACAUGUUGUCCAAGCUUCGCCACCGUCAUCUCGUGUCUCUCAUUGGCCAUUGUGAUGAGAGGUCAGAAAUGAUUCUUGUGUAUGAAUACAUGGCUAAUGGACCUCUUAGAAGCCAUUUGUAUGGAGCAGACCUACCGCCUCUAUCAUGGAAGCAACGGCUCGAAAUUUGCAUAGGAGCAGCUAGGGGACUCCAUUAUCUUCACACUGGUGCAGCUCAAAGCAUAAUUCACAGAGAUGUAAAGACAACAAACAUCCUCUUGGAUGACAAUUUUGUUGCCAAAGUUGCUGACUUUGGCCUCUCAAAAACUGGUCCUGCUCUGGAUCAGACCCAUGUGAGCACUGCAGUGAAAGGUAGUUUUGGUUAUCUUGAUCCUGAAUACUUCAGAAGGCAACAACUCACAGAGAAAUCAGAUGUCUAUUCAUUUGGAGUUGUUCUAAUGGAAGUGUUAUGCACAAGACCAGCUUUGAAUCCUGUUCUUCCUAGGGAGCAGGUUAACAUAGCUGAGUGGGCAAUGACCUGGCAGAAAAAGGGGAUGCUUGAUCAAAUCAUGGAUCAAAAUCUUGUGGGGAAGGUGAAUCCUGCUUCACUAAAGAAAUUCGGAGAGACAGCUGAGAAAUGCUUGGCCGAGCACGGUGUGGAUAGGCCAUCCAUGGGAGAUGUCUUGUGGAAUCUUGAAUAUGCUUUGCAGCUUCAAGAGACGUCUUCAGCACUCAUAGAACCUGAAGAUAACAGUACCAAUCAUAUUAUUGGAAUUCAGUUGACUACACUUAAGCCUUUUGAUAACAGUGUAAGUAUGGUUGAUGUGGGCAACUCUACAACAGAUGAUGAUGCAGAAGAUGCCGCCACAAGUGCAGUGUUCUCACAAUUGGUAAAUCCUCGAGGAAGAUGAAAUCUUGUGUAUCCAUGAUUAAUUCUAUCCUUGGGCCAUCAAGUACAGUGGCCUUUUUGGUUUUUGAACAAUUUGAAAAGUUCCUGAUUGAUGAAUGGCGGUUUAUCAUCAUUUCUCUCUAUGUUUUUAAUCCAUUUUUUUGGCCCAUAAGCAAUUCUUGUAAUAUAGUAAAGUGAUGGGUGGAAAUGAGCCUGUUAGAAAUUGCUUGUAAGCCUAUAAGGUAUCGUUAAUAUUCUGAUGUUUUGUUCAUAUAAAUCCAAGGAGUUAAACUGCCCUUGUUCUUACACAUUGUAAUAUAUAUGGACCUUGUAAGUUCUUUCUUUAUGAAAUCAAUAUAGAAAGUAAGGGUCUUCUUCUCAA